AGAAGAAGCCUAUUUCAAUGGGAAGAAGAGGAGGCAAAUGAGCUCUGCAAGAUGAUAGAGGAGGUGAAGAUCUACCCAAGAUGCCCAGAUGAAUGGGAAUGGAGGCAUAGUAAGGAUGGCCUAUACUCAACGUCAAUUGCGUACGAGAUGUUAACAAAAGAUGAAAGGGGACUGGUUGAAACAAAAUUCUUCAAGAGGGUAUGGAAUCCUAUUCUCCCAAGUAAAAUUGCUGCGUUUAAUUGGAAAGUAAUGAUGGAUAGAAUUCCAACCAAACUGAAUUUGUUCAAGAGAGGAGUCAUCAAGGACAUGGAAGAUGGGAAAUGCACAUUGUGUGAGGUGGAGGACGAGGACAUCAAUCACUUGUUUUUGAAUUGCAAUGUAGCUAGGUGGUUAUGGAUGGCUUGUGCUAAUUGGUGGGGGAUUACCAUCAAGUUAGAUAAGGAAUGUAGGAAAACCUUUGAAAAUUUCGGGACAUGGACUAAACAACUAAGCAUCAGAGAAGGAUGAGAUUGCAUCUGGAACACAAUGGUCUGGUCCGUGUGGCUUGCACGAAAUCAAAAGGUUUUCCAAGAUUCGGAGGCAAAUAGGGGUAAGAUAUUUGAACUUAUUCAAUUGAGAUCUUUUGUAUGGAUUAAGGCAAAGAAAGUUAGGUGUUACUU